GGUGGCCUCUGCCGCUAUGGAGAUGUGCUGCCCGGGAGACCACGGCAAGGGCCUCACUGUCCCAGUGCCCGUGACGGGGGCAGCGGCGUCAGCAUCUGGGGCUUCGGCCGACUGUGGCAGUGGCUCUGGCUCCACGGGGAUGCUGACACUCUCGCUGUCCAGCCAGGACCAGCUGCAGAUGGAGCACCUGGAGGAGUGUCCUCUGUGCCUGCUUAGCCAACCGCGCGAUCACUUCCCCCGCCUCUCGUCAUGCCCGCACCGCGCCUGUGCCGACUGCCUCCGCCAGUACCUGCGCAUCGAGAUCUCCGAGAGCCGUGUGGGCAUCGCGUGCCCGCAGUGCCCCGAGGCCCUGGCACUGCCCGACGUGCGCGCCAUCCUGGACGACAGCUCUUUGCUCGAGCGCUUCGAGGAGUACCAGCUGCGUCGCUUCUUGGCAGCGGACCCGGACACGCGCUGGUGCCCUGCGCCGGACUGCAGCUACGCAGUGAUUGCCUACGGUUGUGCCGAAUGUCCCAAGCUGAGUUGUGGGCGUGAGGGGUGCGAUACGGAGUUCUGCUACCACUGCCGCCAGCUGUGGCACCCUGACCAGACCUGUGACCAGGCCCGGCGCCAACGUGCCCGCUAUACCACGGGCGCCGAGGCCUCCACGCUCUACGUCUUCAACGAGGAGCAAGGCGGCGAUGCAGAGGAGAUUAAGGCCUGUCCUCGGUGCGGCGCCUACAUCAUGAAGACCAACGACGGCAGCUGUAACCGCAUGAACUGCACUGUGUGUGCCUGUCAGUUCUGCUGGCUCUGUAUGCAGGAGAUCACCGAUGUGCACUACCUCAGUCCCUCGGGCUGCACGUUCUGGGGAAAGAAGCCGUGGUCACAGACCCGGAAAGUUCUGUGGCAGGUGGGCAUGCUGCUGGGCGCGCCGGUGGUCAUCUCGCUCAUUGCCGGCAUCGCCAUCCCCGUCAUCAUCGUGGGCAUCCCCAUCUUCAUGGGCCGAAGGGUCCAUGGUCGCUGUAAGAAAAACAAUAUCUCAGGAAGCAAACACUACUUGACUGUGGCCAGUGGAGUUAUGAUGUCUGUAUUUGUGUCUCCAGUCAUAGCGGCUAUCACUGUGGGUGUGGGGGUUCCGCUGAUGCUGACGUAUGUCUACGGCGUGGUGCCGAUGUCGCUCUGUCGAAACGGUUGGUGCAGACCGCAAAGCGAACGGCCCGAGGCGCAUAAAAUUCAGCUGGAGGACUUAGCCAACUAUCUUCUAUUUUCUCAUGUAGUCAGUGACCACUGGACUGGUCAGCCCAACCCGGCACUCAGUGACGCCAGCUUACAGGAAGUCAGCGUCGCCGUGGAGAGUGUUGCCAUGGAGGUCGCCGGCGUAGCCUUGCCUGGCACCAGCGCCGUUCUCACGCCAUGCCCCGAUUCCCCCAACGACUCCUUGCCGGGCGACUGUGUUGUGGCCGUGGAACGAGUGGAGGACGAGGAGGAGGAUGAGGAUGAGCAGUCGGAGCCGGAAGCAGAGUGUGCUUUCAGUAGCAGCCAGACGUUUGCCUUGAGGGAGGGGACCAAUAUCGAGGUGCAGGUGGAGAUCGAGGCACAGCCCCGCGGCGCUAGGCAAUCCAGCCUCAGCAGCGUGCUCUCCAGCCGGAGCCUGUCCAUCGAGUCCCUCCACCAAUCCCAAGAGCCGCUGUGUGCCUCCCAACUGGCCGGGGAACGAGACGUCCCGCCCACAUCCGAGACGGACAGCGUCUGAUCACCGCUGUCCCUCCCUGGCUGACCACUCCCCUGUUUUCAACCAUGCCCACUGCUUCUCCCAGCCACUUGACUCUUUCUGUGCCUGGAAGCGGAAUGGGUGACAAUAAGAGACACGAGAGAGAGAGAGAAAGAGAGAGAAAGAGAGAGAGAGUGAGAGAAAUGACUUGAAGAUAUGGAACAGAAAAAAACGAGGCAGCUGUCAAUGCCAUAAGGAGGAUUACAGAGAAAACAAGCGGAAAAAAAACAGACUCAUAUCUUAACGACAGAGAGCAUGUUUGUCAGCUAGUUUGAUGGGUGCUUCAGCCCUAAGUUUUCUGUCCUCUUCUUUUUUUAAUUUUAAAAUGUGAUUUAAUGAAAGAUUUGCCUCUUCGGAUGCGGUUCUAUUUUUAUUAUUUAUUUGUUUUUAACAUUCCUUUUAGCUGUGUUCUAGGAGUUUGACGCCAUACUGAUUUAUCCCUUGCACCAUCAGACUAACUCCUCUCCUGAGACAUUUCCAAUAGUUUAGGAGCAUGAUUUCCUCUCCAAGGGCGUGUGUAGCCAAAAUGUGACACAGUGCAGUAGCCGUACCCUUACCCUGGCCGAGGGGUGAGAGAAGCAGAAGUCUUCCUUGGCCACACACUACAGGCACUACAGGCUACCAAGACACAGGGUUUGUAAUGGGGGUUUCCUAUAUGGUGUCUCUCAUGGGGUGCGCUCUUCAAUUAUGCAAGACCUUCUUACGUAAUGGCCUCCGGCCUCAGUGUCCCACUUCCCACUGCGACAGUGAAGACGUACUGGCCCCAGAAUGGGCUUCUCCAGAUUCAGUGUAGACCUCAUUAAAAAAAAAGUCACUUUGUCUGCUGCAAAAUGGAACUGUCUUCAGUGUGUGCCACUAGAGGAACCCGCUUACAUGUUAUCAGUUCUGAUUAGCCUCUAUUUACAGAAUUGAAAAGGUUGUCUGAAGAACCAAUUAUUGAGGUUCUUUGCCGAUCAUCGUCAUAAACAUAAUGACCUUGGUGGGUCUAAGCAGAACUUAAUAUGGUUCUUUUAUUUGGGAAUGAGCCAAAGAACCUUUUUUGUUCUCCUCCCGAAAAGUCUAGUUCCUAAGAACACCUAAUGAUUUAAUGAUUGAACUCUCACUGUAAUGACAUCAUUUAGCACUGGCCCACUAAACUGCUGUGCCAUGCUCCAUUCGGCUCCCCCUCGGCUCACUUACAAGCUCAGCUGAUGUGAGGGGAGAAGGGUGUCUGCGAAUGCCGGCUGAGAAACAUACCCUAUAGUUGCCAUUCUCAGGAGGAGAAAAGGUUUAACUAGUUCCUUAACAUAAAUAACAGCUCCGUCUAGAACCUUUUCCAACUAACCCCUUUUUUGCACUUCUGUUAGCGAAGGUUCUUCACUGACAUUUUGCUGUAAAGUUAUCUGCAAGGGUUCUCCAUACAAUUCAAUGGUUUUCCAUAAGAGCUGAAGGGCUUAAGAAGGUCCAAGACCCCUGGACCAGGGCUGUAGCAGGACGCAUGCAUUUUCACAUUUACAAAUAGUCAACCAAUCGGAACAUGUGUAAAUGUAUGACUAAAUUGAUGGAUGAUGGGGCCUGAACUUUUUUUGUUUCAUCAUUUCCUUUCACAUGAAGACUGCAAUUGUAAUAAACCGGACUAUCCUGCGGCACAGUUUGACAUCUCCAUGCUUACAAUCAGCCGGCCUUGCUGUAGAGCAAUAGUGACGUCACCAGCGAGGAGAGGGGAUCAAACAUGGCUGUACCCCGCCCCACCCCCCGAUUCCUCUCAGAUCUGGGCACCAAAGGUCCACGGGCCAGACACCAAAACUUCAGCAUGCCAGCUGCUGCAGCUAUCGUACCACUCUCAGCUAUAGGAAGUCCACACAUGGUAGAGGAGAAAACAGACUUUUAAAAAAAAAAAACAAGAUCAGCAGGUUCCUAGGAGACAUCUUUACUGGUCUACAAGGGUGGCACUGGAAGGGCAGGGGAGAGGGUAGACACAAGCUGAUGCUUAAAUAAAGAUUCCACCAUGGAAGAUGAAACACUA